AGUGUUGAUGUGUAAUACAUGGAGAAAUCACGGCCGCGGCAUCAUCCCCCCAGCUCUUUGCCUCUGCGAGCCCACCUGCUCGGCGGCGCGCCCCUCGGAGGCUUUCCUUCCCCUUGGCAUUCACACAGAGCGAGGCUUCUCCGUACAGACACACAACACGCAUCGGGGUGCUACUGCACGGUGAAACUGUGCCAAUAGCAGAUCGGUCUGUUGGCAGGGUAUGGAGGGGAAGCCACCAUUGCAUUUGAACAUGCUGCUGGAUUGCACAUAGAACAACCAAAGGGAGACUGACCACAUGACGAAGCAGCCCCUUUUUCAGAUGGAUGAUCUAAACCUGGAGGCAGCCACAGCAAGUGCUCGCGCCCAGCUAGUGGAGUUCCUCAGUCGCCGUCCUGACUGGCUGCUCACGACUUCUCAGCACUUCCUCCCAGGGGUGAGCCUCGGUGGCUUGGAUGGGAUCACUGACCACAGAGAGAAGGUCUCAGUGCUCCUUGACCUGCUGGAGAAGGCUGGCCCUGCCACCUGGAAACAGUUUGUACAGUACCUCUGCAUGGAGUGUGACCUCCCCCUGGAUCUGGAGAUACUGCUCAUGAGCUGUGCAGGAGAAGGUAAUUUAAGCCAGAAGCAAGAAGCAUGUGCAGGUGCGAGUGCCCGGUCGAGUGUGCCAGGAGGGUUUGAUCGUCGCCGCCAUGGCAGCAGCUGUAUGAGUGAUAAAGAUGCUAAACAGCAGCGACUAGAUUCAGCUGAAAGGUACCGGCAGCUCCUCAUCAAUUCAGUCCGACAAAGAUAUGGCAGUAGGAGAACAGCUGGACCAGCAACACAGGGACAAAUGGAGCCACCAACUUUCAACCAAGCCUUUGUCAACCUUGUUAUUCGGCAGAGCAAAGCUUCUCGAUUAAAAGAGAGAACAGAUAAGCCCCGAGAGGAUGUGGCACUUACUCCAGAACCAGAAGAAUGUGUAGAUACAGCUGUGAAAGUGUCAGAUCUGUUUGACAGUGUUGUUCAGUCAGGUACCACAAAGGUGAUCUUUUUGUUUGGCAAACCAGGUACAGGCAAAACCAUGCUAACGCACAGGAUUUGUCAGAAAUGGGCAGAAGGUGUCUUACCUCAGUUUCUCCUCACUUUCCUGUUUGAGUUUCGGCAGCUGAAUUUAUUGAAAAGAAAAUUGACUUUGAAGGAGCUUUUGUUUGACCUGUUUCUUCAGCCAGAAGACAGCCCUGAUGCAGUGUUCCAGCACCUCCUGGAAAAUGCCCAGAACACAUUGAUCAUUUUUGAUGGGCUGGAUGAGUUUGCAGGUAACAUGCACGUGUCAUCCUCUUCUAAGGGAUACCCAGCCCUUCCGUCCCGUAUGUCUAUAUCUGAGCUCUUUGCAGACCUCUGUCAUGGAAAACUCCUACCUGGUUGCACAGUGUUGGUCACCAGCCGACCUAAGAAACUACCUGACUUCUUGCUAAACACAGUAGAUUUGCUAGCAGAAAUUUGGGGAUUUGACCACGAAAAGGUUGAGGAAUAUGUCAGCCACUAUUUUCAUCAGCAUCCUUUCAAAGAACAAGCAAUUGCUCACCUGAAGAACAACACCAAGCUCCUCAGCAUGUGCCUGAUCCCUGCUCUGUGUUAUGUUGUCUGCAUCUGUCUGGAAUAUUUGCUCCUUAAACAUCAGAUGAGUGUGGAGCUUCCUCAGACUAUGACACAGUUUUAUAUCAAAAUGCUUCUCAUCUUCAUAAACAAGCAGCAGGGAGAGCAUGCAGGCAGUGAGGAGACUCAGCUGAACUGUAACAAGAAGGCCAUUUUGGGUCUGUGUGAUCUUGCCUUGAAAGGCCUGGAAGAUAAGAAGCUUGUAUUUUAUGUUGGUGAUAUUCCAGAGCAUGUGAAAAACUUUGCUUCAUUACAUGGACUGCUGACUGUCUUUGAGGUGAAGACAAGUGGCAGUCUCCCGGAGGCUGGCUAUUCCUUUGUGCACUUGAGUUUGCAGGAGUUUUUUGCAGCACUGUGUCUCAUGAUAAGUAAGAGAGUGGACAAGAACUACCUGAAGAAGAAGUUGUCUUUGAAGUCAAAGUGGACUUCAAAGAAUGAAGCAAAGACCGAGUUUAUGGAGAGUUUUCACAUCUUUCUCUCAGGCCUGUCUUCGAAAGAGUGUAGGACAUUCCUCAUGUUGCUGGCUGAACAAGACGAAGCUUGGGUGCAGGAUAAGCAGGACGCCAUCCUGCAGUCUCUCAAGAGGCUGGCAUCCACUCAACUGACAGGACCUAAGGUCAUUGAGCUCUGCCAUUGCACAUUUGAAACGCAAGACCUUGAAGUAGCGCAGCACAUCGGGAGCCUGCUGAAUUUCAAGUAUGAGUUUAAAAACUUUAGACUGACGCCUCUGGACAUGUCGGCUUUGGUUUUCGUCAUAAACUCAGGCCAGGAUUUGACUCAUCUGGAUUUUGCAGGAUGUCCCAUGGAUGUCGACUGUUUGGAGGUUUUGGCCAGCUGUAAAAAUGUAGCGCACUUGAGCUUUCGGAGUAGGAAAUAUGGCGAUGACUUUGCUGCUGCUCUUUCCGGGAGCCUACGAAAAAUGGGGAGCCUGAAGAAGCUCAAGUUGACAGGCGGGAUCAUCACAGCCAACGGGCUAUCUAACCUGGUCCAGGCUUCGUCUUAUUGCCUCCAGCUUGAGGAAAUAAACUUGCAGGACAAUCGGAUACGGGACCUGGAGGUGAAGAGGGUGAUGGAUGUGUUUUCCAGAAUGGAAAAGCUAAAGAAAAUAGAUCUGAGCUACAACAGUCUUUCCUUGAAAGUAGUUCUCAUCUUGGCAAAGGAAGUCGUCAUGUGUCAAAAUGCCACUGAACUGCAUGUCAGGAAGAACACCGUGAUAAUGUAUUUUUCUGGCCAAUCUGGAAAAGGCCCAAGAUCUUUGGAUUUGAGAGGGGAAGAGAAUAAGGAACAUGUGACUCAAACUAGACAUAUGAAGUUAUGCUUGCAGGGUCGCAACCUGUGUCCUCAGCAUGCAGAGGGGAUCGUUGCCAUUCUCCAGAGCUGCCCCCAUCUCUCAGAAGUGGAUUUAUCAGGUAACAAGCUCGGAGAUGAAGGCUGCAGCCGGCUGCUGAAAAGCCUCCCUUGGAUAUCAAUUUCGAAGCAGUUGGAUCUCAGUCAAAACCACCUUUCUGUUGAUGGCAUUUGCAGUUUGUUGCAGUCAGUAAAUACCUGCCAGAAGAUAAUGGAGGUAGAAGUCAGCCUUUGGCAUAAGACUGCAAUCCUGAGGUUUACAGGAGAGAGAGAAUCUGCUUCUCCUCAUCCCAGGGGAGAGCCAGUGUUCUCUACUGGUGACCAAGAAGAUGAAGAGGAAAACCAGACACCUAUUGCUUCAAAAAAAAUAAGACUGACUGACAGUCAUUUUCAAGUCAGUGACCUGGAGAAGCUGUGUGCAGUCCUGAAGGAAUGCAGCAGUAUCUCAGAACUGGACCUAUCAAAUACAGCUCUGGGAGACAAGGGCCUUUGGCAGCUGCUUCAGUUCCUCCCAAGUUUGAAAAUGUUACAUUCACUCAAGCUGAAUGACAAUCAGAUCUCCCUGAACUCCGUGUUUUCCUUAGCUCAUUCCUUAUCUACACUGGAACACAUUAAAACAAUGAACCUCAGCUUAGGACAUAUGCAGGUGGUUCAUACAACCUUUUGGGAAAGAAUCAGCAGGGCCAGCAGUACCAGUAGAUCCAGCAGAAGUUUCCUGGCACAUCCCAAGCCUGUAGCAAAUGGCCAGUGCUUUCGUCUCAGGGACUGCGCAAUGGGUCCUGAGGAUGUGACCAUGCUGUGCCAGAUCCUGGCUGAAUCUACCCAGCUGACAGAAAUUGAGUUGUCUGGAAAUUCAUUGAGUGACCAGUGCAUUGCGAGAUUACUGACCUUCCUGCCCCAUCUCUGUCAUCUGACACUACUGAGUAUUAGGAACAAUAACUUUUCUCCAUGUUGCACUGUCUUACUGGUCAACUCCAUCAAUCUCUGCAAGAGGAUCAGAAAGGUAGAAGUGAGGUCAAGUGAGAAUGCUUUUUUGCAUUUUGGAAAAAGCAUGGAAAGCAAAGAGACAUCCUGCAGACUGAUUGACUGCGCCAUCAGUCAAGGGCAGAUAGAUGAGCUCUGCAGAGUCCUGGAGCAGCAUGGGUGGCUGGCAGAAGUAGAUCUUUCCAGGAAUCAGCUGGGAGAUGAAGGCCUGAGGUGCCUCUUGGACCACUUGCAUCAGGGACCCAUUACCUGUUCUCUCAAUCUCAGCCAUAACAGGAUUUCUCAGGAUGGAGUUCUGGAUCUCAUAAAUGCCUUUUCCACAUCUGGAAAUAUCACUGAAGUUCAAGUCAGUUUGUGCUCCAAAGCAACUUUAAUCAUCAAGCUGACAAGCAGAGAUGACCCGAGAAAGAUUUUGAGACUCACAGAGUGCAACUUUCAGCCAGAGCACUUGGAAAAGCUGUGCUCAGUCCUGGAAAAGUGCUCCAGUCUGACAGAAUAUGUAUCCUCAAAGAACAAUGUGUCAGUCCAAACAGCAGAGACUCUUUUGCAUUGCCUGAAGAAAAAUCUGGGUCCCCUGAAAAUCAGCAUAGAAGAACCAUGGGUAUGUAAAGAAAGCGUCACGAGUCUUCUUGAGCUGGCUGUCCAGGCCUGUGGGAACAUUACUGAGAUCACGAUAUGUAAAGAUAAAACCCUCUUCCAAUUAUGCAUGGGGUUCCCACCCUGCCUGGAGAAGGUGGAGUCAGUCGUUAGCAGAUUGAAUCUGAACGAGCUGGAAGUCAAGCGUGCUUGUUUCUAUCAAAGGGUUCAUGAAAAAUGUGCCCAGCUUCAGGAAUUGAGGUGGUCUCAUGUUGAGCUCCAUGGUGACGAAGCAGAAAUGCUAGUCAGUAUUCUGCUGCCUCUUCCAGAGUUGAAGAAAUUUGGGCUGACCUCUAGCAGUAUUAUGCCGACUGGAAUUGAUUACUUGAUCACUGGCUUGCAGAAGUGCCAGGCUAUUGAAGAGCUUAACCUAGGCCACAUGAGACUCAGCGAUGCUACCAUUCCUAAGCUUGUGCUGGGACUCUGUGAAAUGCCGUCUCUGAAAAGGCUUCUCUUGAACCAUAACAGUAUUGGUGAUGAUGGCUGCUCCAGGCUCGCAGAUGCCUUGAGGAAAAUGCACUACUUGGAGGAAAUAAAUUUAAGCCACAACAAGAUUGGAGAUCCAGGCCUGAUAAAUAUAGCUGCUGUCCUGCUGGAAAUGCCAAACCUGAAACGAAUCGACCUCUCUGGAAACAGUCCUAGUCCUGUUGGAGGAGAAAAGCUCAUGGAUGCUCUUGCCUGUUGCAAGCACAUCGAGGAGUUACUACUAUCUAGGAAUGUUUUUGGCGACAAGACAGCAGUGAAACUUGCCCUCUGUCUGCCUCACAUGAGUGACCUGAAGAUCCUGCACUUGCAGGACAAUAACAUUGGGCCAACAGGAGGCACAGAGCUGGCCAGAGCCCUGGUGGGAUGUCGACUGCUGGAAGAGAUAAGCUUAUCAGAAAAUUGUCUUGGGGAAGGAGGUAUCCACGCCCUGUCCAAGGGACUGCCAUGCUUUGAACAACUCCGAAAGAUUGACUUGAAACUCUGUGGAAUCACUGAUGAUGCUUCUAAAUCGCUUUCUCAUGGCUUCAGACAGUGCCCUUCCAUGGAGGAGAUAAUAUUGUCUUGGAACACCCUUGGUGACAGAGGAGCCGGAGAGUUAGCCAGUGCCCUCCCAAGGAUGGAAAAGCUGAAGAUGUUAGAUCUGGAGAAAAAUCUCAUUGGAGCCUGUGGGGCCACAAAGCUAGCAGAGGAACUUGCCAAGUGCCCAGAAAUUCAAUUCAUAAGGCUGUGGAACAAUCCGGUGCCGAAGGGCCUUGCUGAGAAUUUGACAAGCCAAGACUCAAGACUGUGUUUCUCCUUCUAUUAGUAAAGAAAAGCCCUUGAGUGACUAGGAACUGCUCUCUGUCUUCCAUUACCCUCAAAAAUUGCACUAAAAGGGAUUCUGAAGAAUCCAGGAAGCCAAGAUCUGUACAAAUAAAAACUGUAAGCAUGAGGUCUUCCUUCACUGUGCUUAACCAAAUGUGAACAUUUACACGUGUUCUGUUUAUCGUGAGCUUUUACGGUACAGAAGAGCAAAAAGUAUUGUAAGGAAUUGCUGCUGAGCAGGCAGUGUUCUCGGCAUACCAACUUUCAAACUCUUUCCAAGAGGAUGAGAUGCAUCUGCUCAGGGUUUCCGAAAACCAGGGGGAUCAACACCUGCAGGAUGUUCCAGUAAAAAAAUGAACAUCUUCCAGGAGAGGAUGUAAAAUUUGACACUAUUAGAAAUGCACUCAAACAGGCUGUUUGAAAAUUGUGUACAACUGUGUGAAAUACCUCUAUGAUUUUUAGAAAAAAACUUGUAAUAUAUAUAACAGUAAUAUAUAUAUUUGUUUGCAUGAUAGCAAGCUCCUUUUCCUACUGAAUUGCCUCAGUUUCCUAGUGAAAACUUCAAGACUUCUGAAAUUUCAAAUCAUUGUCUGGCAAUGACCAGUAAUUGUACUGUGAUGAUGUGGAAAGGCCAGCAUCAUAGAUUUCAGUGGGAAAACUUAAAAGUACUGAGGUUGUAAAAUAAUUUGUAACAAAAAAGUACUGAGGUUGUAAAAUAAUUUGUAACAAAACUGGCUAUUCAGUGUGAGGGGAUUAUUAUUAUUAUCAUAUGUGCUUUUCUAGAACUUUGGGUUUUUUGAAUGCUCAGUUGCACUGAUCUCUUUGAGGUGAAGCGAGUGGCAGGUUACCUCAAAAUGCUGCUGUUCUGACUACACAGGGCUCUGCAACUCCCUGAAUCCCAAAGCCUGCAUAUCUCUGGGCAGUGCAUGUUGGGCAUGUGGGAACUGGAGAGGGAAGAUCCCAAGCACUGAGUUUGCUGUGCAGCAGAGACAGACCAUGACUGCCCCUUGCAUGCGCGGAACAACAGCUUGUGUUGCGGGAGUGAGGCCAUGUCAUUCACCUUAUUUAUUAAGUUGUUAUAUUGUAUGUUAUGUUGUUAUAUUGUUUGUGCUAGAAAUAUUUAAUCCUUGUGGUGGGUUUAUUUAUGGCAAUUUGUUUACAGCAGCAUUCGCCUGGGGAGAAAGUGUUGGUCUAAUUUGGGCAGGGCAGGUUUUUGGAAUGAAACAGAAGUGCUGAUCAGGCAAACCUUUGAGCAGAGGAGAUGGACAGCUGGUGCCUGUUAUUUCUGGAGGAGCCACUGUCCUUAUUUAAGAAUAACAUUACAUUCUGUGAGAUACUGACAUCGUUGCACAGAGGUAGGAUGUGUUUUGCAGACAAGACUGUACUCUGAGAAGGAUUUAAAAACAACAACACACAAAAAAAGGUGAAAUUCCCUAUUAGGCCAUAAUUCAAGUACCUGAGAUUUGAACACUCGAGUUUAAGUAUAAGCUUUACUAAAUGUGGCUGCUAUUCUGUAUUUUCAGAACUCAUUUGCAGAUGCAAAUCUUUCUAGUGCCCAUCAAAGGAACAGAGUGGCAUGAAAGGUAGUGUGAUCACAUUCGAAAAGGUGUCUCAGUGCUGUUAGCUCUUCACAGCUUUCCAGGAGAGAGUGCUUGUUAGCAGGCUAGUCUCUGCCCCUGGUCUCCCAAGAUAUUUGGGAGUUCUUCUUUGGAAAUGUAAGAGGGUGGACAGAGCUUCCAGGCUGUGAGUUGAAAAGUCAUUUUUUUUCCUGCAUUUUUGACAUCAUUCUAGUAGGACUAAGUACUAUCUGUCGUAGAUAAUAGAGGCUGUGUUUUACUCUGUAUGGAGGAGAAAAGUACUGGGAUCGUACUUCAUAAUGUACUUUGUAAUGGCCAUUUUGACAUCUUCAAAAGCGACCACAGCAAGAGUCUUUUGGCUGUUAUCGCAGGUCUGUGUACCAUGGGGAAAAAUAGACAUGGCCACUGUCAAACAGAUGUCUGCCUAGCUCCGUUGUAUCGUAUUGCUUGUAUUGAUGACAAGCACUCUUGUAUUUUAAGUUGUUCGGGUGCCAUGCUAAUUUAUUUUCCUCUUUCACUGGUUUGAAACAUGCCAUCCUGUAUAUUGUUUUUCCUGCCUUUUUUUGAUGGGAAAAAAUGUGCUCUAACUGAAUAAAUAAGAAUGUCACUUUGA